UGUCAGUGACUGUGGCUGGGCGGAAAACUUGUGUACCGUUGCCAUAGACACCCACUCUAAGGACUGCAGCAUGGCGCACAAACCGGGGAAGAAGGAGACUCGGACUCGGACCCCGGAGAGAAAAAAGUUGAAGGGGUUUGAACAGUCUUCUACCCCAGUACAAGAACAAGCAGAGCCAACUACAAGCAGCGUCCUGCAGGGAGAAGAAAUCCAGGCUCUAGCAAUCAAACGUGAGGAUCUGGAGAAGCUUCAUCCUCCACGACUCCCCAAAGAAGAACAGAAAAAACCUGUUACAAGCCGGAUCCUAAUUCGGAAACAUCAUGAUCAAGAUCAAAGUAAAAAGAGAAGGCUGCUUGUAGCUCGUCCAGGACCACCAGAGUCUGCAACCAAAGACCAGGCUCUUUCAGGGGCAGAAGUACCUUUAUGUGACACACAUAGUCCGCUUCAGCUGCAUAAUAUCCUGGGGAGUUUGCAGGAAUUGGACCGAGAAGCUAGAGCGAGAGGAAACAUACAGGUUGCUCAGCUUAUACCAGAGCCCCAACAGUUUCAUUUUCUUGGAAUACAUGAUGGAAAAGGAAGACUUGAACAGAAAAAGGAAACUUUCAGACCUUCUCAGAAACAGGACAAUGCUCUUAAUAACUGGCAAUACCACAUGAAUCUGAGGAAGCGACAGCUAGACUCAUUAUCCCGUCAGCUUUGUAAACCCAGAGGACAGCUUGUGAUGAGCACUUGUGGAGAUUUCCGCAGAGUCCAGGAGGAGAGACACCAAAUAGAUCAGUGUAUUCCAGCGCUAGAGCACGGCAAGGGCUACCGCAUUGGAAGUGAAUUCUGGAAUGUGUCUGAACACAUUGGAGAUGAACUGAGUGGUAUAAUGUUAUCACUAACUCAAAGCGAGCGUGGUUACCCUUCAUCUGUCACUCAUGUAGGCCAACCACAUAGCAUCAAGCAGGAGACUGGCCCCACAGAGAGACCUCCAUAUCACCAUACAUGGGAUAAAAGUUUGUAUUUGCAACAUCGCAGGCACAAGCUCAAAGCAGUCAUGGAAGAACUCAACUUCACCAAACCAGACAUAGAUGGGCUGGAAGUCAUUGGACGAGGGCAGCCAUUUACAUCAGUGUCUGCUGAAAAAUUACCAUUAGGUGAACAACAUAAAGAAUCUCCACCAGAAGAGAAAGAAAACCAGGAUCCACUGAAAGAUUUCCCAGAUGUUGUGCCAGAUUUCAUCCUAGGACCUUCACUGGUUUUCUGCGGGCAGCAAGCACAUUGGGUGGAAAGUCUUGGGUCCCACAGGGAUAAAGUCGGGAUCUCUACACGCAUCACAUUUGAAGCCCUCGCAGGGGAAAAAGCAUCAUCAGACCUAGAGAUUUUGAACAAUGGAAGUGCAGCAUUGUGGUAUGAAUGGAGGCGCUUACCACAUGAUGACAGUCUAGGAGAUGUUCGCAAAGAUCCACGAGUACAACGAUUCUAUUUCAACACUAGUGCUGGUGUGAUCCUGCCAGGAGAAACACAGAUCUUCCCUUUUCACUUCAAGUCCCCGACUGCUGGGAUAUUUGGUGAGAGCUGGGAGUUCUGUACUCACCCUGUAUUACUGGCUGGUGCCCUUAUACAGGUGUCCUUGUGGGGAAUUUCUCUGUAUGAAGACAAGACAGCACCACUCAGGGAGGCUCUACAGAGGGAGCUGGAAUCCCGGGAGGCCAUGUUUAUUGCUCAGAAGAUGGUGCAGGAGAUUCUGGAUGGAGUGCGUAGCACAGAGCGUCCUCCUUCACCUGUCGUACACCUAACAGAAGAAGAGUUGUUUCAUCAAAAGAACCCAAAGUUACAUUAUAGGCAUCAAACUGUACAGCUGUUGCAUCAGCUGUGGAAGGAAUACACUGCAGAGGUUCAGGACAACAUUUCUGUAUCUGAGGAGGCAAAGGAGUAUUUACUACAGGCUACACAAUGUCUGGAAACCAAUGGACCAGAAGAAGAAGAGAGGACAGAGGAUGCAUGGAACCUAUCAGUGGUGGAUCUGAAACAGGUCUCAAAUACUAUCCGUGAUGAUGAAACAAGAGAGUCUUUCCUAAUUCAUCUGAAUAGAAAUAUUACUGAACUGAGUGAACCAAUUCAGGAAGCUUCUUUGGACUUGUUGCAUCAAGCUUGUUUGCAGCUUUGGCGUGAAGCCAUUGAUGAGCUCGUGGGACAUUCUAUGAAGCUGCGCUCUGUAUUGGAGAUGCCAGAUAAGGAUGUGACUGCUGAAUUUGUAAUAGAGGAGUCAGUGGUGGAUCAGAAGCGUGUGAAAGGAGGCAAAGAUGACAAGAGAGGCGGGCUGAAAGAAGAUAAGAAGACAACUGGUGGAAAAGAAAAGGAUGAAAAAAAAGGGGGAAGAGUAGGAGUACGGGAGAAAGAGGAACGUCCUAGCAGCAGAAAAGGGAAGAGCAAGGAUGAUAAGAAAUCUAUGAAAUCCACAGGUCUCCAUCAAGAGAACAAGGAAUUGGUAUCUUCAGGAGAAAGUUUGGACUUUACUCCCCCAGAGUCUCAACUCCUCCAAGUAGAUCCAGUUAUACAAGAAAAGUAUCAAGAGCGGCUAUACAUUGAGAUGUAUGGAAUCCUUGCAUCAUUAGCAGAAAAUCUGGUGCUCAUUGCUGAAGACUUAAAGUCGAGGACAUCUCUGACAGAAGAUUAAAUUUGGGAUGGGUCAGAAUGCUUCCAGUGCCAUCCAUCAGUUAUGCCCCUAUUAUGUUGUUUCAGUGGAACAGAUGCCUAGUACUCGCUAUUAAUCGAUGACCUUUGCUGGCCUGUGCUGUAUUCUUUGAAAGCAUCACUUUCUAAAUACCAUUGUAUUCAUCAGAAAUAAAAGAACAUUUUCUAAACAUACAA